GAACAUAUAUAUUAGCAGACGAUCGAAACCCAAAUAGAUAAGCACUUAUGUAUUCAUCAAUACUUGUGGCCUACUUUAACUUUGAUAAUUUGUCUGUUGUCUCAUCACGAGAUCAUUACUAGCUAAACAGGUAUCAUUAAAGUAUGGACGGUCAACCUGCUUACAAGUUUCUCAUAACGGGUGGCGGCGGUUACAUUGGUUUCCACAUAGGCUUACGACUUCUUCAGCUUCAACAUGAAGUCAUUCUUUUUGACGUUAAUUAUCCUGCCAAAAAAUGGGAUCCAAACAUUGAACAUUCAGUCUCACACAACACAGAUGGAAUGAAAAGCGAAGAAAUCUCUUGUUCCCAUGGAACAAUGAAAUUCAUCAAUGGAGAUGUAAGGGACAUUGAUAGAUUAUUGGAAGCAACCCAAAAUGUAACAUGUGUUAUACAUACUGCUUCAUAUGGAAUGUCUGGUCGGGAACAAAUGCCACCCUACUUUGACAAAGUAGAAGAGGUUAACAUAGUCGGAACACGUAACGUCAUCAAAGCAUGCGCCGAGAACAAUUGCAAAGGCCUGGUGUAUACAAGCACAUACAAUGUUGUCUUCGGUGGAGAUGCAAUACUCAACGGGGAUGAAAGUCUGCCUUAUUUCCCGUUACAUCGUCACGUUGAUCAUUACUCUCGCACAAAAUCAAUUGCCGAACAACUAGUCCUUACCAGCAACGGACGCGGAGAUCUACACACAUGUGCACUUAGACUAGCUGGUGUUAUUGGGCUAGGCGAGUCAAGACACUUGCCACGUGUGCUUGGUGCUAUCCGUAAGGGCAUGGUACGAUUUAAUUACUACGACGAACAUGGUGGAAAGGUCGAUUUUAUUGGGUUAGAAAAUGUAGUUCAAGGACAUGUAAAAGCUGCAUUAAAAUUAGCAGAUAUCAAUCGCAAUAUUCCUGGAAUAGGCGGCCAAGCGUUCUUUCUAUCUGAUGGAUGUCCUGUCAACAACUUGGAAUAUUUCAAACCAUUAAUGGAACAUUACGGACAGCCGUUUCCCACUACCCGAAUACCUAUGUGGUUGAUGUACAUUCUUGUUUUUUUCGUGCAUUUUGUUUACAGUGCUAUUUAUCGAUUCAUCGACUUUACUCCUUUUCUCACUCCCGCCGAAUUGUUCAAGACAGGUGUUACCCACUAUUUUUCUAUAGACAAGGCUCGCAAACAGCUGGAUUAUCAUCCCGUGAGACCCAAUGACUUAUCCGAAAUUAUUACUGAUUUGCGAGAACCGCAUCGAUCUUCGUGAUUUCAGUUCUUGACUAAAUUUGCGUUAUAGUAGAGUUUUAUAGGGAAUUUUUACGGGUUAAUUUUCUGCUAUCCAAAUAGUUAUAAUAUUUGCAAUGCCAAUUCACAUUAUAAAAGGGUUUCCUAAAUUGCAUUAUUAUUAUAUAACAUGUAAUACAGAAGCUGGGUUGGAGAAAUCAAAGUUUAAAUAGGGUCCAAAUUAUUCUGUGAUCUUUUUUUUCUUAUUACUUUAACAUCAAUGCCUCCUUUCCUUCCUAUUUUGGCUGUUUGGGUUAUUGGGUAAAUAUAAUAUAAAAUUUG